AAUUUGUUUAUUGUAUUCAACUGUGGAAGUCAUGCAUACAAGGCAACACAUAUUACUGCUUUUAGCCAUGGUUGUGUUCUUGAUAGUUUGUCUGAACAUUUACUACAUGUAUUAUACUCAUAAAAAUAUACGAGUGAGAAAAAAGAUUAUAGUCUUCAGUAAAAAUGAUGAUCUGAUAGAACAAUUACAUAAAAAUGGAUACGCAAUCAGGAAUACAGAAUCACAAAUGAAAGUGGUUAAAAAGAGAGUAGUAGAAAAUGUACAAAAGAUUGGGUUUAAUAACUCUAAAGUAGUACCAAUUGAAAAAGAGGAACCGCAUAA